ACCACCAUAUUAUUUUACUUUGCUAAAUACAAAAUCUCGAAAGACAGCAAUUUGGUAAACCAUUUUAUAAAAGAACUUUCAAAAAAAUAAAAUAAUUUUUAAACAUCAUUUUAAAGUUGAGACUGGAUGUGUAGGGACCAACAAGAAAACAAAAUUAUUAAAUGAAAUUUCAUGAGGAAAUUGACCAAUGUAUUGAACAAAUUAAAGGACAGAUAAUUGGUCAGCAUUUUUAAUACCUUCUAAACACAAAAACUAUGUUCAUGAAUCGAGGUGGACAUGAUCUGCAUAUCGACGCAUAUCAAAAAUCACGUGGAUCAUUCAAACCACUAAACAAGUAUGGUUUACAGGGUAGCAAGGCUGUGCCAAGAUGCAGUAGCUGGAUCAGUUAGGAAAUGUUUUCGGUGUGGGGAUUCGUCGCACAUGAAGAAAGACCAACCAAUGUCGUUUAGAACGAUAAAGUCGUUUCACAACCAUCGCGUGAGUCCUUUUCUUCGAGCUUGGAAUUGUAUCUGUGAUUUGUCGGAAUACAGAAUUCAAGGGACUUGUGGACACAGGUACUGAACUGUGUUUGAUGCGUAGGAGUGUGUUCUUAAAGCUAGGCGUUGGAGUAGGCAGUCUGAUGGGUAGUCAGAGAGUUUUGACAGGUAUCGGUGAAAGUCAGGUCCUAACAUUCGGAAGCUUCAUUACAAAGGUUGUUAUCGAUGGAAUCGACAUGUCGGUCGAGUUUCAUGUUAUACCUGAUGAUGAUAUGAAGUUUGACGCAAUCUUAGGCACAACAAUCUUAAACAACGUUGACAUGAUGGUAACCAAGUCUGGCACUAUAUUUUCGCCAAGAGUUCGAAGUGUUCAGCAAAGACCAAUGACAGGAUCAGACGAUAACCAGGCAGGGCAAAGUACUUGUAUGCAGCUUAUUAGCGAGUUCGAAAGUCCAUGCAUGAUCAGCACGAAAGACUCUAACAGUCUCGGAAGUAGAUUUGGAUUUGAGUCAGGAGGUAUCUUCUGAAGUGGAGUCAUUGAUCGAUAGUUACAAGCCAGAAAGAAAACUCACUUCCCAAGUCGAAAUGAAGAUCUUGUUGACAGACGAUCUGCCUGUUUUCCAACAUCCGAGACGAUUAGCUUAUUGCGAUCAGAAGAUUGUCGAUGACCAAGUUCAAGAUUAACUAGAGGAAGGGAUAAUCAUCCUAGUACAUCUGAGUUUGCUUCGCCAGUGGUGCUUGUAGAUAAGAAGAACGGGAAGAAGCGCUUGUGUUGCGAUUAUAGAAAGUUAAAUGAAAAGAUUGUUCGAGAUAACUUCCCAACAGCUUAAAUGGACUGUGUGAUCGAAAAGCUACAGGGUGGGCAAGUUUUUACAACUCUAGAUUUGACUAAUGGUUUCUUUCACCUGCCUGUUUCGCCAGAAUCCCAAAAGUAUACAUCGUUCGUAACUCAGAGUGGUCAGUAUGAGUUCCUGUUUGUACCUUUCGGUAUAACAAACUCUCUAGCAGUGUUUACCAGGUUUGUCAUGGCAGUUAUGCGUGAUUCAAUUAAGAACGAGGAUGCGGUUGUAUACAUGGACGAUGUUAUCAUUUUUGGAAGUGGCACAAGGAAAUGGCUUGCGCAUAAAUUGGAGUAAGUGUCAGGCUACGUCGUUGAAAGCGGUACCAUCAAGCCAGGCAAUGAGAAAACUCAAGCAGUUGCUGAUUUUCCGAUUUCGCGCGACAAGAAAUGAGUCCAAAGAUUUUUAGGAUACGCCGUAAUUGCCAAGCGACAUGUUGCACAAGGAUGUGAGGUUCGAGUUUCAGGACCAGCAAUUAGCAGCAUUUAAAAAGCUAAAAGAAGCGUUGGUCAGUGGACCGGUUUUUAAGCUCUAUAAUCAUUCGCUUGUCAUGGAAAUUCAUACCGAUGCAUUCAAAUUCGGAUUUGGAGCCGUUUUGCUUCAACGAGAUCCCUGUGAUAACUUGUGGCAUCCAGUUUUCUACAUGAGCCGUAAAACCAAGCUAUGUGAGGAAAAGUAUCAUUCCUAUGAACUGGUAGUACUUGCAGUUAUUGGAAAAAAGUUUAAAAUUAUUACGGACUGUAACGUUUUACCAUGACCAUGAAGAAGAAAGAGAUUCCGCUCAGAGUGUCUAGAUGGGCGAUGUACCUACAAGAUUUCGACUACGAAAUAGAGCACAGGUCAGGUUCGAAGAUGAGACACGUCGAUGCGUUGAGUAGGGUGUCAUGUUAUACGUUGACUGACAGUUUGUUUCAUCGUUUGCGGGAAGCACAGCUAUUAGAUGAUUGGACAAAGGUGCUUAAAAGUGUCGUUAAGAUCAAAGGCUAUGAAGACUUCUACAUAGUGAACGAAUUUCUGUUUGAAGAUCCUAAUAAAGAGUUGCUAAUAUUUCCUUCACUCAUGGAAACCGAGAUUAUCCAAAACAGUCACAAGAAAGGACAUUUCUCAUCUAAUAAAACUGAGGAUUUGAUUGAGAAGUCGUUCUACAUUCCGAAGCUAAAAGAUAAAGUAAUAGUGUCAGAUCGUGGAGCUGCAUUCACAUCCCACCUGUUCAAAGAGUACUGCGAUACCAUAGCAGAGUGCAUGAAGGCAUUCGGGACGAAUCCUGCGUCAGGAGGGCCGAUUUUGGGAUGCGGUACUGGAGAGACAAUGACCACUAGAAGCGGUCUCACCUACUGAUCUAAUAUCUUUCCCUUUCUGUAUUCGAUAUUCCUAAGUAACACUCGAUAUUCCUAAGUUGUAUUCGAUACCCAGUUUCAACGUGAGUGAAAAGUGGCCACGCACCGACAUACUCACUCGCUGCCAGAAUCUCGGACAGUUCUAUAGCACACGUAUAUUUUGUAAAACCUAAGUUAACCAGUCGAAUGUGAAUAAAGCAUAUUAUCAUACUAUUCAAGUCAGCGUUAUCUUUUCUAAAAAGAGGACCCUGCAGAACUUUUAAUAAUUUAUAAAAGUUCCAAAAAAUAAAACACAAGUGCGAGAUAUAUUACACUAGAGCCAUUUCCCAAGCCGAUGGGAAAUUAUUAAUAAAUAAUCAGCAUACUAUGUGUCUCACUAACUCACCGACUCAACGGUACACCGACCCACCAAUGCAGUCAGCAAAAUUUGCAGUGUCAGCCGAGGCAACUAGGCAAACUGCUUCCAUAAUCAAAACUCCCUGACCUUCUUUAGAAUAUAUCUUAUUUCACUAUUCUAAACUUCUGUGUUCCAAGUACUAUAUAAGCAUGUAUAAAUUUAAGAAUAAAUCAGUUAUCAACGCAACUUCUAACGCCGCGGUUCUAGUUUCACGACCGGGAAUAGAGCUCGUUAUCCUAAACUAUCUCAACUAGCAGCUAAACUACGUUAGCUCGAUCGUAGUGCAGUUCCCGCAUCGCCUGUGGUCCGGCUUCGUAGUAACCAUCGUUACCAUUGCCGCGACGCGAUCGAACUGCGAUCAAAGCGUCCCCUUGCCAGCGACAAGUGCUCACUACCGCCUUGUCCCAGAAGUGUCUACUUCGGCUAGGCACAAACAAAAAGAACAGACAUUAUCCAAGAUGGUACACUUUUAAUAAAUGGUAACAAUAUAGUCAACAACUCCGAAUUAAACGGAUCGUUCCUAAUAACAUUAAAUGGUACAACCAAAUUUAAUAACUACUCAUAUACCAAUUAAGAGAACAGAAUUCUUAACUACGAACCACUUCAAAUACUAUGAAAUAUAUGAUUAUAUUUUAUCAUAUAACUCAGAACUCUCUUUGGAUAGUAUAAACAUUUUUAAUCCAUUCAUUAAACUUAAUAAUACCAAAAUAUCUAUAUUUUUUAUAUUAUUAACUUGAGUAAUUUGAUUUCUUAACCAAUUAUUAUAUACAAAAAUAUAUUUUUAACCAAAAAACAACGGCCAGAACUAGGAAAACCUAUUAGCGAAGAAGAAUUUGUAAAGGAAUCAAGACAUCGCUUAAACAAAUAGAGUUAUGAUGAAUCCGGGCGGUCAAUUUUAGAAGGGGGAGAGUUAUCCACCCCGUGAAACUGUUCCACUUAUGGAAUUAAUAAAGAAUUUUUUUAAUUCAAUCUCAGCGAUAUUGCCUUCGGCGAUAUUAGCCUUUGCCUUUGUCAUUAAAUUCGAGGGCCGCGCUUGACUGUCCUGCCAAACUCUCACGAUCAAAGUCCAAGCUUUUGCGUUCUAAGUUCAGAUCAUAUUGUGUUCCAAUUUUCAAUCAAAUUUCAUCGGUCAGCAUAAUUUCAUUUCACA